AUGUCCAGCACAAUCUUCCUCCUCAGCUUCCUCCACGCCGUCGCCCUAGGCGCGCCAACGACUCAGCAUCUAUCCCUGCUCCCAGGAAACAUGACCACACCCGUGAUUCCCACACUCACGGCAAUCAAAUCCGCAGAGGGAGAGGACUCUCCUCAGAGCCCGGAGUUCAACACCGACGCUGUGAUCGGCAUUAGGAAGCGGGUUGAGCAGGUAUAG